AUGACGCGAACUAUGGUGGUUACAUGCGGGGCCACUGUACCGUUCCCAAGCUUGGUGCAGGCCGUCUUGGAUCUGGAUUUUCUUACCACAAUACGCGAACGUUGGAAUUUUAAGAAAGUGGUCAUUCAAUACGGAAGGGGUUUUGGUGGUGAAUUUGAGAAAAGAGUUAAGGCUUUGGGCAGUGCCAGUGCGCAUGGAAAGGAAGCAAUCGGCAAGGCAUCUCGGGACCUGGGAGUGGAGUUAGAGGUGCACGGACGGGUUGCGGCUGUUGAAAUCUGCGGAUUUGCUUUCACCACGGACAUCGAGGGUCUGUUGCGGGUGCAUGCUGACUUGGUAAUCUCGCACGCGGGUACGGGAUCAAUUCUAGACGCCCUAAGACUGCACAAACGGCUUGUAGUUGUGGCCAAUACUGGACUUAUGGAUAAUCAUCAACUACAGAUUACAGAUCGACUCAGGUCACGUGGACACCUUGUCGCGGCGCACGACGCAACCUCGGUUGCAGUACUGGAGGCCGUUGUUUCCGCUAUGGAAGCGGAUUCUACAACUCCACUGGCCACUGGAACAAGUGAAGCAUUUACAAACUUGCUUUUGAACGUUGCAAACUCAUAG